CCACCAUUGGCACUUCCCACUCACUAUGUGCGCCGCAGACGCCAGGAGACCGGUUUCAGCCUUUCGCGUGGGAAAAAGACCCUCGCCUUCAACUCACCUCACUCGGCACAAGAUCUCAGUUCAGCUCUUUUGAAUCUUCUGAAUUGUGUCUAAUCGGGGUAACCAGACCUGACGCUCUAAGCCAGGUGUGCUUCAGUUCGUCCUCCAAUCUCUGGCUCGCCAAAGAGGCGGUGACCUCUUCUGGCCAGACAAUUACUUGUCAAUGGAGGAGCGAUGAAAUGAAUAUGCGCAAGUGUAUAUCAAUAUCACAAAGUUGUUGAGCCAGAUGGAUCAAGAUCAGCCAGACGAUUUUGCGUCUGAAUCUUUCUUCGACCAGAAUUCGUUGCAGCAGCAAAUUCAACAAAUCGAUGCGACCGCCGAUCUCAACGCUAUCUCAAAUGUUGUCCUCCCUCCAAACCCAGCUGUCAUCGACAAGCUCUCCCGCCGAUGGUAUUGUGGGUGUCUGGAGCGUAUAGCAUGGUCGAGACAUGGCCACCUUGCCAGCAUAUCCGAUGACGGGUCCACCGUAUAUCUGGAAUGCAUUCGUUACAACUACGAGACGAAAUCCUGGGGUCUCCACGAAAGGCACUCCUUAACUACCCUCUUCGAAGACGCCACCAGCCUGGCUUGGAGUCCAAAUGGAGGUGAACUUGCCGUGGUCGAUGUCAAGGGACGGAUAUGGAUUUAUCACAACUCUCUCCUCGCCGUCAAUCGGUUAAUUCUUGCUCGCCAAGGUGCUCUGGACGAGGGCAAUGAGUAUUCCCAGCCGGUUGGAAUGGCAUGGCUAAAUCAGGAUCGACAAGAAAGACCAAGAAAUGUCGUUAUCAAUGCAUUCAAAGGUGACGCCCGGUGGCAGCACGCCAAUGCAAGGGCCAAACCACUCGGUCCCUAUUGGCACCGGGCCGUUGCAAUCGUUCACCGCAAUGGCCUCUUCACACUUUGCUUCCAAAGGGCAGAUGGCCAGUAUUCCAAGGUCACCAUGCAGCUGUCUCCGCCAGACGAUAUUCUUUACAGUCACGCCAGCUUCGCCCCGACCGUCGAAGGAAAGAUGUUGAUCACUCUGCACUCCUUCAAAAAGGUCAUCUCGGUCUACUUCCUCUCUAUAGAUUGGAAUGAAGUCAAGCAGGCCAUUGAAGGUUUGCCAGUCUUGACUCUCGAAUCUAUUUCAAGCAAUGUCUCGUCGCAGCCCUCUGGCUCUCCUACUCUUCCUGACACCUACGACCCCGAUUCAUGGUUACUUAGCCAUCUAGAAGUUGUGCGCACUUCGGACGUCGAGAAAGCGGUGCAGAUUCCACCCACGAUUCUCGCGGUCUCUUCUGGUGUCAAUAGAACAGUCAACAUACCAGACUCGGGCUUUCUAGUGUCGAGCAUGAUCAAGAGGUGGUCGGUUACUCCUGUUGAACAGAAGUUGCACCCACUUUUUGAUGCCCUGCCAUCGACAGGCCUUGGGGCAACAACGCCAAAGCCCUCCUAUACCCUUCAGAGGCAACCAGACAAAGAGGAACAGGUCAUCACGACGAUCCACCAUGUGGAUGGUGUCCAAGCGCUUGUGGUCACAACUCAGGAAAAUCGCACUGACUUCUUAAGCUCAGAGGACUUAUCGCCUAUGUCAUACACCGCGUUAGUGCAGGAGACUACAUCUAUGUCUCAAUCUGGAUUUGCAUUUCCUUACGCUCAGGUUAUUCUCACGCCGGCUUUCUCCCCAAAUGCGUGUGUGAGGGCAGACCUAACACCGGACGGAAAAACACAACUUAUGGCCAUGGAAUACCAGUUAGGACAGCCUCAGUCUCUGCAGCCGCUAGAUCCAAAUGUUGAUGUGGCCAUUGCGUCCUUGAAUCUCACCUUCGCACGAGCAUGCUGGUCGAAUGCUACCAUCGACGACAUCCUGAUGUGCGUCUCCCAGUCCAUUCCGACCGAACUCAUCCCCACAGUGAUUUCAACCGUCUAUCGCACGCUCUUUCGCGACAAUGACUUUGUAAAUGAAAAGACUGAAGGCUCGGAACUCGAAAAAUUUAUCCACAAGACGGUGAUAGGAAGAGUUCUGUCUUACCACGCAAGUCUCGCGGCGAACUGUUCUCAACUCCCCUCUAUCGCCUCCACUGAUCGGAGACAUGGCUGUUGGUCACUCAGCGCACAGUGGGCUUGGUUGGUGAACAACAUCCGACAGACGGCAACUCUACUUUUCAUGGCCAUGAGGGAUGUGCAGAAUAUUCAACUCGUCAUGAGUCAAGACUUGACGGAUCUGCUCUGCGCCAAUCUGCGGUGGGGUUUGUCGCUUAUGAGAUUUAUCAUUAGCACGAUUCUGGAAGUCGGCGAUCGGGAGACGAACCCUGAGAUGUUUGAUGAGAAAGACCCCGGCAGAGCGGGUGACUCUCUGGGCGAUGGCAGCCAGGGCCUGGUCGCGCUGCUGCUGAAUUGUCACCCUUCGCGCAUCUUUCUAAUCGCAUUCGUAAGAGCUGUCAGGGCGUAUGCGAAGAACACGGAACCAAAAUCCAAUCACCACUUCCAGGUCCUGCAAUGCAUUCAACAGCAGACGUCGGGGAAAGGUCUGUCUUUUCAAGCCAUGGAGGCACUCCUCGAAUACAGAUGGUCCGCGGUCGGUGACGUGGACAGGGACAUGGCCGCCACAGCUGUACGCCAGCUCGAGAUGAUGGCUACGGGGAUUGUGCAUGAAUCGUACCAAGGCACGAUCAAGGUGCUGCUUAACACGCUAUUCAACAGCGCCCAGGGACUUCGAGCCAAGAUGUUGAUCGAUCGAGUCAAGCUGUUCGUUGACCAUGUCGAUCUAGAAUACAUCUUCUUGAAUAACGACAUCCUAGGCCGGCGGGACAGUGAUGGAGAUCCCGGUAAGAAAGAGCUCGUCUACGAUGUGCACCGAAAGAGACCGAUCCUAAAGGGCGUAGCAGAGCCCAACGGGUCAGCGCAACUGAUGAUCAGGAAAUGCUUGAGAUGUGGGAGCUAUAGUGAGGACGUCAAUGUGCCACCUAAGGAGUGGCCUCGGCAGGUUGCUAUGCUACUCAUGAGAUGUGUAUGCGAUGGAAGUUGGGUGCUAAAGCCUUGGGAUUCGGUUCACAAAUGAAGCGCAAAAGUUUGCAGUGCAAACUUUUGAAGAGUUGCGCGGCCCGACGUGCUCGGUCGGACACCAAUGACGCCGUAUCGAAGUGCUUUGUAACCG